GUCAGGUGCUGCAGUCUUGCAGAAGGAAUCAGCACCGAUAUCUAAUUGAAUCCAGGAAGCUGUUGCUGCUUUCAAUAGUCAGGAAUGGCGGAUGUCUUCAAAGGCCUAAACCUGAUUGAAACUCUUAAAGAGUCAAUGGAGAGCAACAAGUUAUCUGAUGUGAAGGAGGCCGUGGAAGAUCUUCUCAUCAGUAGGAUAAACCUCGCUGUGGUGGGGGACCGUGGAGAAAAAAAAGUCUCCCUCAUGAACUCCCUUCGUGGCCUUGGGCCUGAAGAUGAGGGUUCAGCUCCUUCCCAAUCUCCUGUUGAACCAGAGGAAAUAGAUGGCUACCCACAUCCGAAACACCCUGACUUCCGACUCUGGGACCUACCCCCUGUCCCGGCCACAUCCCCAUUUGAACCAGAGGGAUACAUGAACAGAUAUAAGUUCCUUCGUUAUAAUGCUGUUUUUAUGACAUUCACACAAAUAAUACAACCCAACAGUGUGGAUGUCUUUUUGGAGGCUCUUUCUCUGCAGCGACAAACGGUGUACUUUCUUCUCUUAGCUUCUGUGAAAGACACAGAUAAGAGCCUGGAAGAAAAGAAGAAAGCCAGUCUGGAAGUACUGAAAUCACAGGGCGUGAAACAACCUAAAGUUUACCAGGUUAAACCUUCCAAUCUUGAGAAAUUUGACUUUCCUGACCUCCUGGCAUGCAUGGCCGCAGACCUUCCCGAGAUCCGAGCUCACGCCCUUCUGCUGGCUUUACCGACACUCACAUUAACAAUGGUCACCCAGAAAAAGGAGGCAUUUAAAGCACUCAUUUGGGCAGCUGCUUCCCUAUCCGGAGGGAUGUCAGCCAUUCCUGUUCCUCUUGUGGCAUCCAUGGUGGACUCAAGCAUUGCUGUACGGAUUUUGACAAAAGCCCAGUUAUCUCUGUGCGUGGACGAUGAGUCGGUUGAGCGGAUGGCUCGACAGCAGCACCUGGAGCCAGCAAGACUUAAAGAGCUGAGAACUUGUGUGUUGUCAGUAGAGGUCACCAAGGUGGAAGUUAAAAAAAGGCUUGCAGCAGCCGAGAAGGACUUAGCUACAGCUUCGUCAAAGUUAGUGGAAAUGGCGUUGCCUAGACAUGCUCGUUCAGCCAGCCGCUCCUUCACUGCGAUGUUGCAGGCUUUAAAUGGUGCCAUUGAUGAAAUGGCUGCUGAUGCUGAGAAGAUAGUGGCAGCUGCUUUGGGAGGGGGGAAAUAAAAACACCUGUGUAUGCCAAUUCCUGUUUCUACGCAAUGUAAUAUCACUUUUAUGUUUAAGGCUUUUAUUUAUGGAUAAAAGCCUUAAACAUAAAUAAGGCUUUUAUUUAUGGAUAAUGUCCAACCUUCAAUGUUGGACAUUGAAGUGUCCAACAUUGAAGGUAUUGGACACUUUAAUGUUGUUUGUAGUGAGUAUGUAUGGCAUUAAAUUCACAUCAGAUGUUGUUACCCAGGUAUUUCAGACAUAAAUAAAUCCAAAUAAAUUGUCAAACUGAAAUAACACAAAGUAUAAAUAUUGAACAUGUGUUUUGAAAUGUAUUUAGUACAUAAUAAAAUAGCUUUUUUGUAAUGACAGUAUCAGAAUAUCUCCCAUGUGGCAAAACUAAUUACCGUACAUAAUUUAAUUUUUGAGUCUUUAAGGUGUUCUGCAUUUUCUUCUUGGAAGCUUCUUUGAAAAUUUGACUUUUAAACAUAUAUCUGCAUCCAGUGUAUCAGUAUGUAUGAGCCACAUAAACAUAAUUUUUAUUUCCUGCAGCUAAACUAAACCAAAAUUAACUGGCAUAAGGAAGCAAGCCUGCUGUGUACAUACUGCCAUAUGUCUGCUGUUUAAAUUUCUGUGCCAUUUUGCAGUGUUUUUUCAUCAUGCAUUCAACACUUACUCCAUGUGUCUCUUUGUAAUUAGGCAGAACUUAAAUACCAAUUGAAUUAAAUUAAUUUGGUUGAAA